AUGGGUCUCACCAGCAGCAACCUCACGGCUCUCAAUUCCGGCCUCAACUGCUCUGAGACCAUCAAGGCGGGCCGCUCUCUCUGCAUCGAGCGCAACGCCACCUUUGCCUUCACAGUGCCGCGGUGCUUGCAAUACGGCAUGCUCACAGCGCAGGACACAUGUGAGCGCCUGCUGCUGCGAGUGCCGGGGAGUGAGGGCGAUCCAGCGGGGGCUGGGAAGGUGAAUGCCAUGCGCUGGGCUGAGCUGUACCGCAACAAUCCCGGCCUCAUCUGCUCCAAUGUCAUCCCGGCCUCCGCCUCUGCUGUUGGCAGCAACACUGGCGUGCAGGUGAGGGAUGGGGGGAACCGGGAUGGGGGGAAAAGUGGUGGACUCAAUGUAGAUUUGAUGAUUGAGGGGACAAGGGGCUAUGUCUUAUUAAAAUGA